AUGGCAACUAUGCAACUCACCCUGUUCUGGACUGUGUGUCUGCUGUCCGGCCACCUAGCCCUGCCCCUGUCUCGGGAGGCUGCCGAUGUGAGCGCGCUGCAGUGGGAACAGGCUCAGGAUUAUCUCAGGAAAUUUUACCUUCAUGACUCUAAAACAAAGGAGGCCAACAGCCUAGUGGUCAAACUCAAGGAAAUGCAGAAGUUCUUUGGCCUGCCCAUGACUGGAAAGCUAUCCCCCCAGAUCGUGGAAAUAAUGCAGAAACCGAGAUGCGGAGUGCCAGAUGUUGCAAAAUAUUCCCUAAUGCCAGGCAGUCCAAAAUGGCAUUCCAGAGAAGUCACCUACAGAAUCAUGUCCUAUACUUCAGACUUACCACAGCGCAAGGUGGAUCAAAUCGUGGCGAAAGCUCUCAGAAUGUGGAGCAAGCAGAUCCCACUGAAGUUCAGGAGGGUUAGGCGGGGGACUGCAGACAUCAUGAUUGACUUCGCAAAAGGAGAUCAUGGGGACAGCCUCCCGUUUGAUGGGCCGGGAAACACACUAGCUCAUGCCUUUGCGCCUGGGCCAGGCCUGGGAGGAGACGCUCACUUUGACAAGGACGAAUACUGGACUGAUGGUGAUGGCACAGGGGUGAACUUCCUGCAUGCUGCCACCCAUGAAUUUGGCCAUUCUCUGGGUCUGGGCCACUCUUCUGACCCCAGUGCUGUGAUGUAUCCUACCUAUGAAAAUGGCAACCCAGAAGACUUCAGACUUACAGAGGAUGACAUUAAAGGCAUUCAGAAGUUAUAUGGAAAGAGGGAUGAUUUGUGGACGAUGUAG